CUUGGGGUUGUGCGUAGUCAACAGUCAUUUUUCCUCUGUAUUUUUCUAUUCCACAAUCCAAACUCCACUAAACCCAUCUAAUCCUAAAAUAACAUGCAGAGCAUUUUAAUUUCUAUCCUUCGAAAUGACCGUUGAAGUCUUGCUGACAGACGCCACCACGCGUCGUGCCACUACACUCGGUUGGAAGGUUACACAUCAACGUCAGCGUAAAGAUAUUAAUAUUCAUGAGAUUUAUCAACAUCCUAAAUGCGUUUGAAAAGAUGCUGAAUCCUUCAUCAAACGGCGAGUCGUCUCAUGUUGUGGUGAACUAUGUUGAGGAGUACCUGGAGCUGGUUGAGUCUUUGCCUUUGGACCUACAAAGAUGUGUGUCUCUUAUGAAGGAAAUAGACGCCAAAUAUCAAGAGAUCCUCAACGAAUUGGAUGAAGCUUAUGAAAAGCACAGACAAGAAUCCGAUCCGGUCCAGAGACGUCGUCUGCUCCACUGCAUCCAGCGCUCGUUGAUCCGCACAGAAGAACUCGGAGAUGAAAAGAUCCAGAUCGCAGGCCAAAUGGUGGAAAUGGUGGAGAACCGCAGCCGACAGCUGGAGUGGCACGGCGAGCUUUUCCAGGCCAGUCAUGACUCUCCGGAGAGCAGCGUGUCAGUGGGCAGCACCCCGAGCGCCAUAACAACCACAGCCAUGACGACGAUUUCUGAUAUACUGCUCUCGGCCAGUAAACUAACUGCAAAUCGGAGACGAGAGGAGACCCCGAGUUCAGUUGACAAAUCUGGUGGAAAGCGUUCGAGAAGGCAGAAAAAUGGCUCAGAGAAUCGGGAGAACUCUAAUUACAGCUUGGAGCACAUCGAGGAUGUUUCAUCAGGCACGCCAAAAGAAAAGAAGCCUAAGGCAUCAGCAACAUCAUCCAAAAAGAAGAAGAGGUCCAAGAGCAAGCAAGACCGAGAGCCGUCGCCAACUGACCUGCCCAUUGAUCCCAAUGAACCCACCUACUGCCUUUGUGAGCAGGUGUCCUACGGAGAGAUGAUCGGUUGCGAUAAUGACGAAUGCACUAUUGAAUGGUUUCACUUCUCAUGUGUUGAUCUGCACCAUAAGCCCAAAGGGAAAUGGUACUGUCCCAAGUGCAGAGGAGACAACGAGAAGACCAUGGACAAGGCAUUGGAGAGGUCUAAAAAGGAGAGGGCGUACAACAGGUAGUGUCAGGCGAACUUUCUGACAUUCGAGAGUUAAGCGAUCAGUUUUGAGAAGUCUGUGAUGAUGUACCAGGUCAAUGGUUAGUAUAUCUUUUAGGGAUAUAUUUCUGAGAGGAUUCGCUCAUCAGUUGUGUAGUUAUCAAUGUUCUACAGCGUUAGGAGUAUCCAGUUCAUCCAACAGGACAACAGUGCAUUUUUAUGUUCAGCUACUUGUAUUUAUGUCUUGCGUAACUGUACAUAUGUUCAUGUGAAAUAAGCCACACAGGUCGCAGUAUUGUUGCAUGGCUUUUGUUCUUUUAAAACACAAGGCCUUACAAUAUUGAUAACGUUAUGAGAAGGUUCCAUUAGUUAAUGUAUUUGCAACAGUAUUUAUUCAUUUUUUUUUUAAUAUUAGUUAAGAAUUACAAAGUUCAUCGGCUAAAAUGUUUAAUUUGUUAGCAUUAGUUAAGAUUAAAGGGAUAGUUCAUCAAAAAUGUAUAUUUACUCAUGAAUAUGCGCUCAAAUGGUUCUGAACCUUUUUCUAUUGUACUCAAGAGGAUAUUGUGAAGAAUGUUGGAAAAUAACAGCCAUUGACUCUCAUAGUAGGAAUAAAAAAAAUUGAUGUCAAAUGGUUUUUAUUCUCCAACAUUUUUUAUUGUGUUUAACAGAAGAAAGAAAAAUCAAACCAGUUUGGAUUAAAUGAUGGAUGAGUAAAUAGCAGAAGUUUAAUUUGUUGGACAAACUAAUCCCUUUAUCAGUGAGAAACUUGCGGACCUGAGCUGCCAAGCCAUUCUAUAAACAGAAGUUACAAAUGUUUGUUGUUAACGCAUCCUUUAAUUGAGAACUUUUUGUAAAGUUUCACUAUUAAGUGUUAGCUCAGGUCCACUGUGGACCAAACAUUUUGUCUUCGACACUUCUGUAACAUGAUCAAUUGUGCAUGUUCUCCAAGAAGUUUUUUUUUUCUAAUAAAAUGGUGACAUUUCACCCAAA